AUGUCCGAAAAAAACUCAUCCAAAGAACGCAUGGACAUAAUUGAUGACCAUGAACGCAUCAAAGAAAUCGCUGAACAAGAUACAAAUCGUGCUCGAAUAAUAGCAUUAGCUGUCAGAGAGGCUUGUUCUAUAGCAAAUGUAGGGCCUGAUCGGCAAGAUUGGGAGUCUGCAUGUCGAAUAAUUUUAGAAAAUAACCUUCUCACAGCCAAAGAAAAAACUACUAUUGUCGCUCUGUUAAUGU